GGGUUUAAAACCGACUGACAGGAAUCAUGGCGUCGUUGCUGGGUCGUCUCUCUCUGGCUGUUUUCAUUAGAAAUACAGCUACAUUGGGUCGCAACGCUGGACCAAAGUCUGUGAAUGCGACAGGGGCGACUCUCAGCCGAACCGUCGUGUCAUCCACAUCGGGGGCCAUUCUUCCCAAACCGGACAAGGUUCCGUUCGGACUGAUCCGCAUGACUGUGGUGGUGGUGCCGUUCCUGUAUGUCGGGACUUGGAUCAGCAAGUAUUUCGCUGCUCUGCUAGAGGAACACGAGAUUUUCGUCCCAGAUGAUGACGAUGAUGAUGACUGAGAAGGUACAUGAGGAACCCACCCAACGUUCAAUCCAAGAACGUUCUGCAGAUCUUCUGGGUGCUGCAGGACUGGUGCAGAAGUUAUGCAAUAAUGAAGACCGUCAACACGCUCUUGCGUUUAUAUUUGUGCAUUACACUAACUCUUAUCCAGAAGCCAAAGCUUGACUUUAUUUAAAAAUGAAAUGUUGUCAGAGGCUCACUCGCCUCUCGUCUAUUUAAUAAAGUGUCUGAAUGU